AUGAAGGGGAAAAUCCUCAAGAAGCUCAAAACAAUCCGACCAGCUGAUUAUCUGAAGCAGGAUCGAGUUCUUCAGAUCAAGGCACUUAACGGGUAUGUUGAAUCUUUUACGAACAGUUCGAGUUUCAAUCUUAAGGACCUGGUUGUUUCCCGAGAAAAUGAGCCCAGAAAGGCUGAGGUGCAAGAAUCUGAGGUGAUUGAUGAGUCUCAACAACUGAGAGAUCUUGAAGAAGGGUACGGUGACGACAAGGAGAACAUUGGGCCUCAAUGUCUGAGAUCAAAAGAACAAGAUACGUCAAGAUCAUCGAAACCCGCUCCGUUAUCAGAGAUUGACAUCUCGUCUUUCCGGCGACCCGACAUGAACUCUGAAAGUCUAUUUGACCCGCUUUUGCUGGCAGCAUUUGAGCAAGCAGUGAAGGAACACGUCGAACUGAGAAAAUCAGCAGAGAAAAUUGAAUUUUUUGAAGACUUUAAGGUUGUUUACAUUGAAAGAGACACAUCAAUGCACAUGAAGUUCAAGGAAGAGCUAUGGAAUAUUCUAGACGGAAAGCCUCUGCCUCCAAGGCUGUUCGUGAAAGGAAGAUACAUAGGAGGAGCAGAGGAAGUUCUAAAUUUGCAUGAACAAGGAAGGUUUAAACCAUUAUUGGCAGAAAUCCCACUGAGAAAUUCUAACACUUCAUGUGAAGGAUGUGAUGGGGUUCGAUUCAUGAUAUGUUUCAGCUGUAAUGGGAGCCAAAGGAUCAUAAAGGUAGAAGAUGAUGAAGAGAAACAGAGCAAUCAAUGUUCGGAUUGUAAUGAGAAUGGUUUGAUUAUUUGUCCCUAUUGCUGCUCUUAG